AUAAAACUGAUAGCUGAUGCCCCCCACCAGGUCAUGGAAGCGUUCGACAUGUUUCUGAACGGUAACUUUGUCGCGCUUCCCGUCUUCCAAAGAAAGUACGGCGUCUUGUUGAAGGGAGAUGACUAUGCCAUUCCAACCCGAUGGCAGAGCGCCCUGUUCCAAUCUGGUCAAUGUGGUGCUUUCGUCGGCGUCUUCCUGGCUGGACCGGUCACCAACCGGCUCGGCUAUCGCUGGACUACCAUCUUGGCCCUGGUGCUGAUGAAUGCCACGAUUUUCAUUUCGUUCUUUGCCGAGUCACUCACAGUCCUCACGGUCGGACAAGCGUUGGAGGGCGUCCCUUGGGGUUUCUUCAUCGCAAACUCCCCCGCCUACGCCAGUGAGAUUGUCCCCCUCGUCCUUCGAGGUGCCUGCACGGCGAGUCUGCAGAUGGCCUGGUCUGUCGGGCAAAUCAUCGUCGCCGCGGCCACGUAUGGCUACAACAAGCGCAACGACCAGUGGGCCUGGCGAGUGCCUCUGGCGUUGCAGUGGAUCUUCCCCACGCCCCUCUUGAUUCUCAUCUUCCUCGGGCCCGAAUCUCCAUGGUGGCUGGUUCGUCGUGGACGCAAGAAGGAAGCCCUUCGCUCCAUCAAGCGUCUCGGCACCGAGUCCACGGAGCACGCUGAACAGACACUCGCAAUGAUGGAACGAACCGUCGAGAUCGAGCUGCGCCAGGGUGGUGCUCCCACGCUCCUCGACCUUUUCAAGGGCACCGAUCUUCGACGGACGAUCAUCAUCUGCUUAAUGUACGCCUCGCAGAAUUUUGCAGGUAACCUGAUUGCCAACCAGGCGACUUUCUUCUUCGAACAGGCCGGGAUCUCGACCGACAAGGCUUUCGAGCUCAAUCUGAUCAACUCGUGUCUCCAAUUCUGCGCGAACGCGGGCUCUUGGUUCCUCACUGCCUGGUUCGGCCGCCGGACCAUCUACCUCUGGGGCACGGCCACCAACAUCACCCUGCUCUUUGUGCUGGGCAUCUGCGCCUCCGUGGGCCAGAACAGCGCGACCAACUACGCCCAGGCCGUGCUGGGCAUCCUCAUCUCCUUCGUCUUCGCCGGCUGCAUGGGCCCGAUCUCGUACACCAUCAUCGCCGAGACGUCCUCGGUGCGCCUGCGCGCGCUGAGCACCGGCGUCGGGCGCGCCGCGUACUACGUCGCCGAGAUCCCCAUGAUCUACCUCGCCUCCAAGAUGCUCAACCCGACCGGGUGGAACCUCGCGGGCAAGUGCGGCUACGUCUGGGGGGGCACCGCGUGCGUCUGCUGGGUCAUGGCCUUCUUCUUCCUUCCCGAGCUCAAGCACCGCUCGUACCGCGAGAGCGAUAUCUUGUUCAAUCGCAGGAUUCCCGCCCGGAAGUUCAAGGCGACCGUCAUCGACGUCAAGGACAACGAAUAAAAUCGGGCUUGGGGCGGUCGAUGGGAAGAGAAGCGAGAACACUUUGCGAGCGUUCUCUGGGUAUAAUGGCGGUCAAGGAAGAUUGCAUUUCGGUUCAAUUGUGACAUGGACAUUUGAAAGGGAUGCUUGAGGACCGGGAGUCUGCAGUAUAUGGGUGGCAUUGUUUCUACUUUCUAAGGAAAGAGAGCUGCGUAGGUAUGAAUUAAGAGUGUUCCUGGAACACGAAGUGUCUGUAUCGAAGUUGACUUCGAGCGAAAGCUUCAUCAA